GAGAGAGAGAGAGAGAUGGUUGCAGCUUAAGAAACCUUUGGUAAAGGGCAGAAAGUUACCGAGCGAAGUCAAGAGGUUGCAGCCACUCCUACCGCUGACCAUUGGGAGACUGCCAAUCAAAAUCCAGAGAUCGACUCAUCUCCACGAAUCCAACCUCUGUAUCUCAAGCUGCUGCUGCUGCUGCUGCUGCUGUUGCGACGAAGAGCAUCUCGGCUAAAAGGCUGCCACCAACACUCCCAUCUCUUCUCGUGCUUCUAGCUCGAAGCGCGUGUAUUUACUGCGGUUCUUCGGCGUAGAGAGAGCGUGUGUGGUUCGAACAGUAAAAGGAAGGACGGCUCGGUCAGUGUUCGAACGAGAAGUGCGACGGAAGCAAAGGUUAGGAUGUUGUUACGGAGAGGGAAGCGAGGACGCGCGUUACUCUGCUCCUCACCUUCUAACGCAUAAGCUCUAAGCAGCGUCAGCGUCGGCUGGUGCGUUUAUCUGCUCGGAGUUGCUCUCUUCCUGGGUUGAAUUCUCUUCUUGCCCAGUAAUAAGAGUGAUCCUUGUCGUGUUUCUCUCUAUUAUCCAUAUCUCGAAACGCGUGGGUAGAUCGGAUCGGCUUCCUUGGCGCUGUUGCUGUUGCUGUUGGGAGGACGAGGAGACCGGUGAAGGGAGGCCCGUGGUGAGGCUUCAGCAGAGGAAGGAAAGAUGCCGCCGCAGACGCAAGCCGAGGAGGCUGCCAUCGUGGCCAGCGGCAUCGCUGCCUUCAACAGUGAGAUGGAGCAGGGGAGCGGCGGCAAGGAAGCGGACGGAGGGAGGGACUCCGCGUUCACCAUGAAGAGCCUCCUCUGGCACGGCGGCUCCACCUGGGAUGCCUGGUUCAGCUGCUCCUCCAAUCAAGUGGCGCAGGUGCUGCUGACGCUGCCGUACUCGUUCUCGCAGCUGGGGAUGCUGUCCGGGGUGAUCCUGCAGCUGUUCUAUGGCAUCAUGGGCAGCUGGACGGCGUACCUCAUCAGCGUUCUCUACGUCGAGUACCGGACUCGGAAGGAGAAGGAAAACGUCAGCUUCAGCAACCACGUUAUCCAGUGGUACGAGGUGCUUGAUGGACUGCUGGGGCGGUACUGGAAGGCCGCCGGCCUCGCCUUCAACUGUACCUUCCUCCUCUUCGGCUCAGUCAUCCAGCUCAUCGCCUGUGCCAGCAACAUAUACUACAUCAAUGAUCGGCUGGAUAAGAGGACAUGGACGUACAUCUUUGGCGCCUGCUGCGCCACCACCGUGUUCAUACCCUCCUUCCACAACUACAGGUUAUGGUCCUUCCUCGGCCUCGGCAUGACCACCUACACCGCCUGGUACCUCACCAUCGCCGCCGUCGUCCACGGCCAGGCGGAAGGCGUGGCGCACUCGGGUCCGACGAAGCUGGUGCUGUACUUCACCGGAGCCACCAACAUACUCUACACCUUCGGCGGCCACGCGGUCACCGUGGAGAUAAUGCACGCCAUGUGGAGGCCGCAAAAGUUCAAGUACAUCUACCUACUGGCGACGCUGUACGUGUUCACGCUGACGCUGCCGUCGGCGGCUGCCGUGUACUGGGCCUUCGGGGACCAGCUGCUGACGCACUCCAACGCCUUCUCGCUGCUGCCAAGGUCCGGGUGGAGGGACGCCGCCGUCAUCCUCAUGCUCAUCCACCAGUUCAUCACCUUCGGCUUCGCCUGCACCCCGCUCUACUUCGUGUGGGAGAAGGUGAUCGGAGUGCACGACACCCGGAGUAUUUGCCUGCGAGCCUUGGCUCGCCUCCCCGUCGUCAUCCCCAUCUGGUUCCUGGCCAUCGUCUUCCCCUUCUUCGGGCCCAUCAACUCCGCGGUGGGCGCGCUCCUCGUCAGCUUCACCGUCUACAUCAUUCCUGCUCUGGCUCACAUGCUCACCUACCGGACGCAGUCUGCACGACAGAAUGCCGCCGAGAAGCCGCCCUUGUUCUUGCCAAGCUGGGCGGCGAUGUACGCGGUGAACGCCUUCGUGGUGGGGUGGGUGCUCGUGGUCGGCUUCGGGAUCGGCGGGUGGGCCAGCAUGACCAACUUCAUCAACCAGGUCGACACCUUCGGGCUCUUCGCCAAGUGCUACCAGUGCCCUAAGACACAGCCACCCCCUGCGCCCGCACCACAGCAGCAUCACUGAACCACCUGCCUCUCACACACACCUUGAAACCUGCUCCAUAGAACAAAGUUGUUAGUCGACCUUUGGAUAUCAGUUAAAACUGUCACAUACAAAGAAAAGGUGAAUGGUUCAUUGUGGGCUGGCCCUCCUGCCAUCGCCCGGUGGUGUUGGCUGAUCUGUUACAGGUUUCUAUUCUUCGACUCUCAGUCGCAUCGUUUACCAUGUCAUACUGUAACUUGUGCCUAUGAAUGCUAGUCUUUUGUCAAAACACAGUGCAAUUCCAUGUUAA